CAUAGUUUUUUCUUUUGGUUUGGUUUAGAUUUUAAAGACACAUAAAAUUUCUACAUCUCUCAAAUUUGUUUCAAUUCAGUGAAUAAGCCUAAAAGUGAAUUGAGAUUGAGGGUCAUGUAUCUAUCCCCAUGUUAUUAGCCUGACUUCAAAUGGGAGGACAAAGAGGCCUACUCAUUCAUGCUGUGGAUAUAUGACAGUCAGAGAUUUUUCGCCUUUUCUCAACAUCACUGGUGUUUUCUGAGAGAAACAGCAGGUUUCUCCUGAAUGGGGACUGAGGGGUCAUAAGAUGGCGUAGAACGCCACCACUUCAGGUAACCAUUGAGGCGCUGUUCAUUUCUCUCAUCCUCGCGAGACAGACAAGUGGUGGUCAUGUUCCUGGUUUUCUCUAAACAACCCUAGAUUUCUCAUGCACGUUCCCACUUUCUCUGGCCAAUUUCCACCUUCCCAGGCGAUAAGUUGUUCCUCACUUUCUUCUUGUGUCCUUCUCAAUGGUGAAACGCAAAAAGCCCCGUAGCUUUCCAAGGCUCGUUUUGGGGAAUUAGAAAGCAGGUAUUCUUUCUUAACAGCGCUUUCUUAACUCCCUUCAGGUUAUUGUUCCAUAUUUUGUGUUCUAUACUCGUCGUUUCCGUGCUCUCUUCAGGAUGUGUCCAACGCUCGGGUGUCCAGCUGCACGUCAAGGACAUCCCUGGCUCCCAGGGGCAGGUCCCAGGCCGCAGGCCGACCUCCUGGCCUGGACCCCAGCCUGGCAGGCGUGGCUCCUGUCAGCGUGGAGCAGCCAUCUCACAUCAGCAUUGUCUCAUCGCAGCCAGGAGACCUCUGGCGGUGCUGACAUCAGGGGCACCUCGACACCCUUGUGAUGCCACCACACAGUCACUGUCGCCCUACGGCCUCACAAAAGGUGGCUGGCUAUAAGAGCCCUGAGCGGCGCGCCUGCGGCCAGUCCGGCUGGUGGUACUCGAGAGCUCGACGUGCCAUUGCUGGAAGGAGCGAGGCGGAGGUGUUGCACGAGGCACACGCAAAGCCAUUCUUUUUGCACACUAGCCAUCGAGGUUCUUCGGUAAUGUCAUCAAAUAUAUCUACGUAUAUGUACCUCAUCUGUCCUAAGUAGGGUCUUGCCCACUGUAACCUAUCAUAUUUGCCAUUUUAAUAGCAAUGUUUGUAAUCCAUACUAAGAAUAUUUAGCGCUAUAGUACUACAGACAACUUUGUUGAACCUAGAAAGCUAACGUAUAUUUGCUGCUGGAAUAUUUUCUUCUUGGUUCUCUCUGUAGUAGUCCUGCUGGUGGCACGCGAGGCGUCGAGGUGAAGCCAGCGAGACACGAAGCGUCGACGUCCUGCCGGCGACCCGCAGCGGAGGUGCUGAGGACCAGAGGCUGCUGAUAACCACCUGGCCCCGGGGCAGCCUACCACAGGGGACAACCAACUCCACAGCGCGGCAGCUGCAGGCACCAUGAACCAUCAGGAGCAGCCAGACGAGGAGGCCCCUGGGGACGAGACGUGCCCCAUCUGCCUGGGCCGGCUGUCCAGCACGGCUCGUGUGGACCCCUGCAGGCACUCCUUCUGCCUGGGGUGCAUCCUGCCCUGGGCCACUCGAAGAGCCACCUGCCCACUGUGCCGCGGGCGUAUUGGGACCAUCGCACUCGUGGUGCCGCCCGCCCAGCACGACGCCUCGCCCCGCCGGCCCCGCCGGGGAUUGCAGCGCAACGCGGGGCUGGAGCGGCAGCAGCAGCAGCAGCAGCGGCAGAGGAGCCCCUCCAGCUACCGCUCGCGCAGCGUCUCGCCACGGCGCAGGGAGCGCAGCCCCGCCGAAGCACGACGGCUCGUCCGCAGCCGCUCCUGGCACUCGGAGCAGGACGGGCACAGGCUGCCACGGUCCCUGCAGUACCCCGACGCCGAGGACAUAGCCGAGUACAUCGCCUGGCUACGUCGGGUCCAACUGGAGGAGCCGGGGUCUGGCGACCACGCGGGCCGCCACGCCAGGCCCCGCAACUGAGCAGCGACCGGGCCUCACCUGGGGACGGGCUGGGGGUGGCAGCCACAAUUACCCCAGGAAUAAAUUAUGACUUUUCCACCCUGCAAAGCCUCUGCCUCCACUUCUUCCUGCAUAGGUCAGCGGGGGGGCUGAACGCAGCCCUCUCCCGCUGUCCGCGCCGCCAAGUGGGUUGGGGACGACUGCUGUUGAUGGGGAAUGGCUGCGGGUGGCGGGUCCCCAAGUGAGGCUGGGGGAUGAGAAGCCAUUUGGGAGCCACAAAGGUGACCUGGCCCAACUGGGGAAAAGGCAAAAAGCAGAAGAGGAGCAAAAGGCUCCUAAAACCUGGCAGCAGAGAAUGCCUGCCAGCCGGGGAACCGGGCCUGGGAACCUGCAGCGGCCUUGGAAGGCGCUGCUGGCCUCCUGCAAGUGCAGCCUAAGGGUACCUAAGAACCUGAGACUUCCUCAAGAUACCACCACCAAGGGCAAAAGCAAGGAACUAGAAGAGCAACGGGCUGAGAAGGAGGAAUUGCUCUGGGAAAGCAAUUUUCCCUUUUGAUAGAACAAGGACUGCUUUUCUAUCCAAAAUGGAGCACCUCUCUCCCUCAGAACUGCCUGUGCUGCACAAACUGUUCUUGCCUACACGACAUCCUAAACCCACUGAACCUUUGCUGGGGAUGCGUGGCUGACUCCCAACUCCACGGUGGGAGUCUCGCCUCUUUGAAGUGGCACUCUGUUCUUGAUUCAUUGGGGCCCGCUCCUGGGUUCGGUCUCUUCCGAGAUGGCUUUUCUUCAUUAGCCUGAUACUCUCUCCAUGCUUGCCUUUCAUCACAGAAUAUUGCUGGUAUGGAGCUGGGUUCUGGAUUUCGGAUGACAGGGAUGCUGAUAACACACCGAUCUUCUAGCUGUUGCAGAGCAGUGCUUACGCACAGUCAAGGGGUGCACCAGGAGCUGGGAGGGGAUGCCGCCAGGACAGCUGGCCCAAACUGGCCAGAGCCACGUCCCAUACCGUAUGGGGUCGUGCUGAAGACGAGGACUGAGUGCGUUG